GGCGCCUGCGUGCGAGCGCCGCAUCCCGCCCUUUCCUCCUCCUGCUCCUUAGUGAGGACCCCGCGGCUGCUCCGCUCCGCGCCCCGCCCCGGGCCGGGGAUGCGCUGUUGGGCGGCCGGAGCUGCGCGUCAGGCGGGAGAGCGGGAUGGAGGUGGAGGAGGCGUUCCCGCUGGUGGGGCAGAUGGGGCCCUACCAGGUGUACCUGUGCGUCCUGCUGGCCGUGCUCCUCCAGCUCUAUGUGGCCACCGAAGCCAUCCUCAUCGCUUUGGUGGGCGCAACUCCUCCCUACCACUGGGAUCUCCAAGAGCUCUCAGCUAAUCAGAGCCAUGGCAACCAGUCAGUGAGCGAGCAGAGAGCUUUUGGGGAAUGGCUUCUGACCGCCAAUGGCAGCGAGGUGCAUAAGCACGUACGCUUCGGCAGCAGCUUCACAUCGAUAGUCUCUGAGUGGUUUUUAAUUGGCAACACAUCAUACAAAGUGAGCGCUGCCAGUUCUUUCUACUUCAGUGGUGUGUUUGUUGGAGCCAUCUCCUUUGGCCAGCUCUCUGAUCGCUUUGGGAGGAAGAAAGUCUAUCUCGCAGGUUUUGCUCUUGACAUCUUGUUUGCCAUUGCAAAUGGAUUCUCACCCUCAUACGAAUUCUUUGCCAUCUCUCGCUUCUUGGUAGGGAUGAUGAAUGGUGGGAUGUCACUGGUGGCCUUUGUUCUACUAAAUGAGUGUGUGGGUACUGCCUACUGGGCAUUAGCAGGAUCUAUUGGUGGCUUGUUCUUUGCUGUGGGAAUUGCCCAGUAUGCGUUAUUAGGGUACUUCAUUCGUUCCUGGAGGAUGCUGGCUGUUGUGGUUAACCUGGAAGGAACAAUUGUCUUCCUCCUCUCUCUAUUCAUUCCAGAGUCCCCCCGCUGGCUCUAUUCCCAAGGCCGGCUGAAUGAAGCAGAAGAUGCCCUCUACCUCAUUGCAAAGAGGAACCGCAAGCAGAAGUGCACUUUCUCAUUAAAACUCCCAGCAGAGAGGAGCUCCAGAGAGGCCGGCAGCUUCUUGGACCUGUUCCGAUACAAGAUUCUCUUGGGACGCACCUUGAUCAUGAUGUUUACCUGGUUUGUGUGCAGCUUGGUUUACUAUGGUCUUACCCUAAAUGUGGGUGACUUGGGUGGAAGUAUUUAUGCCAAUUUAGCCCUUUCAGGAUUGAUAGAAAUCCCAGCAUACCCAAUCUGUAUUUACUUGAUAAACCAAAAAUGGUUUGGUCGGAAGCGAACACUGAGUGCAUUUCUGUUCCUGGGAGGAUUGGCUUGUCUUAUUGUCAUGUUCCUUCCUAAAAAGAAAGAUACUGGAGUGUUCGCAGUGGUGAAUAGUCGCUCUCUGUCUUUGCUGGGGAAACUGACAAUCAGUGCUGCAUUUAACAUUGUCUACAUCUACACAUCAGAACUUUAUCCCACAGUGAUCAGAAAUGUUGGAAUGGGUGCCUGCUCCAUGUUUUCCCGUGUUGGUGGAAUCAUUGCUCCUUUCGUCCCUUCAUUGAAAUCUGUACAGUGGUCUCUGCCUUACAUUGUGUUUGGAGCAACUGGUCUUUUGUCUGGGCUCUUAAGUUUAUUGUUGCCAGAGACUUUAAACAGCCCUUUGCUAGAAACUAUUUCAGACCUGCAGAUAUGCUCAUACUGGAGGCUGGGUGAUGAAGCCAUGUCAUUGCAAGCCCUAGAUGGCUCUCAGUCUGGAGACAAAGACAGCUCUACAGGGAGUGGAAGUGAAGACGAGGAGUUUUAUGAUGCUGAUGAAGAGACUCAUAUGAUCAAGUAAUGAAAAGAAGAAACACUGUCCUAUUUUAUGCCUUUUCUUACUUGUCUGGGCAGUCCAGCUGUAAGACGAGUACUGGGGACGUCGCCUGUCAAGGAAUGUCAUUGGGCAAGUGCCUGUGUUUCUCCUGACUAGCAGAGAGGUUUGAGUACUGUUCAGACUAAUUACACCACUGAUGCUCUCCAUACCAGGCAGCCAUUCUAAUUCUCAUGGUUCAUGAUGACAGUGCUCGGACCACAUUUGAAGCCAGGUGAGACAGCAAGGGUAGGACUGUGUAUGUCUGAAACCUGGGAAAUUACCUGGGCUUAGACAGGUUUGGACAGCUCAUCAGUGCACAUGUUUGUAUUGUAUUUUCAAGGUGGUUGAUUUUGAUUCAGUAUAAAUUGAUAAACUUGAAAACAUCCACUGUUUGUUUUUCUAUACAGUGAAAGUGGUCACAGAAUGUGCUGUGUGCUACUCCAAUGGGAACAAAUUCCUGAAAUCGAUGUUAGAACAGCUUCUGCGUAUUGAAUAGGGGAGAGGCAACUAUGAACAUAAGGUUUCUCUCUCUUCACAUAGGCACCUGUAUAAAGUUACAGGGUGCAGCUGGUUAGUCAUGAGCUGUGCAUUAACUUAGUGAUAAUGGAAGGCUGGGAGGAAGGACUACAGAAAAGAGCAACCAUAAAGCCUGCGGAAUAAAGGACAUUACUGAUUUCUUUUUUCCCUUCUUUUCAUCCACCAAACAUUUUCUUGGGCUGUCUUAUGCCUACAUUUGCCACAUCUUCCCCCCCAUCUCAGCACUGCUGUUUAUAGCUUUGCCUACCUUUACCUCAUCCUCACUUUGCCGUAAAUAUUGAAGCUCAGCAAUUUCUCUGUGCAGUGAAAUAAUUCUGUGAAGGAUAUAAAUUCCUGGGUGGGACAUAGGUGAAGUAUUUAUCACAUACUCUGUGUUGUGAGGUAUGGGUUAGAAUAUAUAGCUCAUCUUUUGUUCACCUAUCUGUGUCUUUAUUUCUGAAAGAAACUGAACUCUGAAGUGAUAAGAGGAACUAUGGGUUUCUGUUACAUUUUGGAGAUUAUUGCCAGGAAGCUGCUAGUAUUUACUUUAAAAUCUUGUGUGUAGAUAAAGCUCUUAUUUAAAAUAAAAGAAAGCGGGGGGGGUUUAAAACCUCUUUGAGAUAGCAUUUGGUUACUUGAUGUUGUUUCUUAACCAGGUGCUUGCUCAAGCACUUGGUUACUUGACCUUGUUGAGGAAGACAACUUCACUCCUGUUUAUGCUGAGCUUUCUGUAAGUGCUUCAUUAGAAGGAUAUGGAAUAUUGAAAUAUGAAACAUAAACAUAGGAGAUGUUUUAACUACAAAGAUGAGGCCUCACAAGGAUUCAGUUUUCUUCAUGACAUUGCUAUCUUCAUUCUUUAACCUGUCGCUUUCUAUUGAUUAGAAUUGAUUUCCAUCAAACAUUUGUUAGUCAUUAUACAUGGAGUUCCUAGCAAAGAGCCACACAGUGGCAGCAAGUCUAUUGUCAGGCUCACUAGCCAUUUUUGUGCGUGUUACAUUAAGAAAAAGCUGACUGCUGAAUAUUUUCUGGUUAAAAUUGGAAGCUCCUUUACUCUGAAGUAAAAGUAAAGAGCAUGGGAGAUUUGCAGCUAGCUACUUGAACCUUGUUCACUGGCAAAUGGAGUGCUGAGCAAAGUGCAGCUACCCUACUUGGUGCAGAGGGCAGCCAGAGACUGCAGGUUCAUACUUGUAGUGCUUCCCAUUGGCCUGAAAUUAAUCCAGCCAUUGACUGAGAGCAAAGUUGGGAACUUCAGUCCCUAUGGAAAAUGUGUCAACAUUGUUGUGAUUUUUGCCUGUUGUGAGCUUCACUUGAAGAAUUCCAGCUUCCAGUGUUCACUUCUGGGUUUUGGGGGUUUUUAAGACUGUUAACUAGUUGUAGAUGUGGCAGAGCACUUUUAAACCCAGCUUGGAUAGUCUGUCUUAUUUGACACUUUUGUAUGCAAGAAAAUGGCUCCAAAUAAGGUACCCCAAAAUACUUGGAAAGGUUGAAUCUGUUUGUUCAAAGAAUUUGUUUUAGUUUUUCAUUCAUGUUCUGAAUUACGGACAGCUGGAAAAAUGACUUUGUGCUGAUGCCUUCUGAAUAAAUAAAACCUGUUUACUCAGAAGCAAACAGCAGUAAUCCUAGCGGUGUUAACAUGGUAGGGAAGUAAUAAUCCCCCUGUGCUGGGCACUGGUGAGGCUGCCCCUUGAAUCCUGUGUUCAGCUCUGGGCCCCUCACUACAAGAGAGACAUUGAGGUGCUGGAGCGGGGCCUGGAGCACAAGUGUGAUGAGGAACAGCUGAGGGACCUGGGGGUUUUAGUCUGGAGAAGAGAAGGCUCGGAGGGGACCGUAUUGCUCUCUACAUCUGCCUGACAGGAGCAUGGAGCCAGGAGGAGGCUGGUCUCUUCUCCCAAGGAACAAGUGAUGGGACAAGAGGAAAUGGCCUCAAGCUGCACCAGAGGAGGUUUAGAUGGAGAUGAGGAACAAUUCCUUCCCCAGAGGGUGCUCAGGCAUUGGAACAGGCUGCCCAGGGCAGUGCUGGAGUCACCGUCCCUGCAAGUGUUCAAAACCGUGUAGAUGAGGCUCUUGGUGACAUGGUUUUAGUGGUGGCCUUGGCAGUGCUGGGGAACGGUUGGACUUGAUGAUCUUGAAGGUUAUUUCCAACCUUGUUGAUUCUGAUUCUAUGCUGCCACCACCCAACAGGUUUUAUUAGGUGUUUGCUGCCUCUGUCCCUCUUUGAACGGUAGGUGGAGUAAGUCACCUGAGAGGCAGACAGAAGCUGUUAGCCUUCCUCGUUCCAUAGUUUUACUGUCAUUAUUUGCCUCUGGCAACCCUGGUCAUGUCAUGGGACACCUCAACAUAAUUUUCAUUAGAUCAGUAGGAUGCUGUAAUGGUUCAGGUGGAGGAGAUUACAAAACCCAGACCUGAGCUGGGUUUUAUGAUAGUCUUCAACUUAUAAUUAAACUUACCUGUCCACUCAUGCACCUUUAUAUCAUAAGUAUACACAUGCAAAACCAAGAGUGAAGAAAACAUCAGAAGGUUUUCUCCUUAAAAGUUGCUGCUCUUUUUUUAGCCUUCAAUCUGACCUGUGUUGGCACCUUUGGAAUUUUAAAGGGCAGCAUAUUUUUUGUGUCUACCAGAGUAACUCUUUAUUGUUACUUUCUUUGGCCAGUUAAUUCAGAAGUUUUAUAGAAGAGAGUCCCUCCAAGAGGAGUUCAGCAAUGUAGUGCUAGGCUUCUCACAAUUGCUUGCUUUCCCCCUUUGUGUUCUGAAGUCCAGAUCUAUAGGUGCUUAAGUUUCUUUUCAGAGAGGUUUGUUUUAUAAGAACUGGCCAUCUGGCACAGAAGCCUGUAGGAUCACUUUUUUCUUACCCAUAGAGUGUAAUGGUUUAUAAUAUUGAGAUACUUGUGCUAUAUGUAGCAUUCACUGGGAAGAGAUGCUGCACAGUGUUUCAUAGCCUAUUUGGUCAGCAUUUUCUGUGUCUAGAUGGAGCAUUAUUGCUAAGAAGAAGUUCUUGAGUUGAACAGAGCCUGCUGUUUAUGAGUCUCACAACUUGAGAACACAGGUCAGAAGGUCAGAGAGAACUUGUGACUUUGAAGUAGUGUAAGCAAUCUGUGUAGGCCCAAUCUUGGUGUUUGGGCAGUAAAUUUGCCCAGAGGAGCUACUGGAGAGCAGAGGCUGAUACAGCACUAGACAGAUCACAGUUUAUGACAUAUUGUAAUGCUGGGAGUCUGAGACCCAACAUCCUCACUAGUUCAGUAAAGUGUGACAACCUUAACCCACAGUUUUUUGCUAGAGUAGCUUUGUAUACUAAGCAGCCUGCACUGUUAACUUUUUUGUGUUGUGCGGGCACUGGGAUACCUACCCCCAAGAUGGGAAUUCCUUCCUUUGUAGUGGGAUUAUGCUGGAGGAGAGGCUUUCCCAUGGUGCUGAUUAGUCAGACCUUAAUACUGUCUCAGGUUAGGUAGGUUUGGGAUUCUGCUACCUGGAGACCUCACAAGUGAUAGUUGAAUACAGCUAGGAGUGAAGGAGAGUGACAGGUCAUGUGAGGAGAAUUAGCUGGGAAGAGUAACAAGAAACACUUCAGGACAGGGGUAAGUGAAAACAGGAUAGUAGCCGUUGGGUGUAAAUACCCUUCUUGCUGCUUGUGUUGACUUGAAACUUCUCCUUUCAGAGCUAGCAUUGGCUCCGGGAUGUCCUACUGGGGACACCAGUUUCAUCAUUUCUUCUUAAUGACAACUUCCUUCAGUAUUACUAUUUUAGUGAUGAAACAUUUCUUUGGAUCCAUAUAAAAUGGGGCAUGCUUCAGUUUUCUUUUGGACUCAGCUUUUCUAUGAAAUGGCAUGCCACUAAAAUCAUUAACAUUUGUAAAGCCCUCUUCUGGAUAAUGCUGUAUAAUUUGCUAUAUCUUAAUUUGUCAGCUUCCCUUUAGAAAAAUAGGAAGAUUAGAAUUAUUUGAUGCAAUUUUUGUCACACAACUUCUGGUGAAGUGAUACUUCAGCCUUCUAAAAGGAUUUUACUACCUGGCUCUUCUUGAUAGGCUGAAGAGAAUAGAAUAGGGAAGUCAUUUGAUAAGUCUUUUUUAAACUGCUUCCUCUGAAAACAAAGCUAGUGCUUUUCAUUUAGAGACUGGGAAAGUGCUGUUCAGAGACUUCCUAACACACUGGAAACUUAGGAGCUCUAUGUUAAAGGAGGGACACGGAUGACUCAGUGUUCAGGUCAGGGUGCUGAGUGAAGAACAUGUCCACACCUCUCCUGAGACACCUCAUUAACAUGGAGCAGGUUGUAGCUGGUUGCCACCUUUGAAGGUGGCUUUAAGGGUUGCAGUCACAUGCUCAUCUACUCACAGUGCACGAUCCGUGCCAGGGUUUCCAGACUCUAUGGAUGUACUGAGAUUAGCAAAAUACCCUUUGCAGAGCCAUGGGGAAUGCAGUUGAGCUGUACAUUUUCCAGCCUAUUUCAGCUAAGCGCUUAAAAACAGAUUGCAAGAGCAUGUUUUUGUUGUCUUGAGAAAAAGGGGAAAGCGAGGAACAAACCUACUUUUCCUAGUGUUUUAAUGGAAGUGAUUGAGCUAAAACUCUUGUUUCCCAGUCUUCUGCUUAAUCACUGAAUGCAUAUUUGGUUACUAUUACUUUGGUUUACGUGAAGGAUGGUGUGCUAUGUAUACGUUUUCCCACCCUGUUGGUUUCUUUGAUCAUGCUCUUUGACACAGCUGAAUCUAGGCAUCUGUGCAUGCCAGUUGUGAGCCUUACAGUAAAUAUGUUAGAAAAGCCCAAAAUCAGUGCUGUCAUUUGAUGGUGGAAGUUAAUCUGGCCUGACACAGUACCUGUGUCAGAAAUGCCUGUAUUCACCUGUUUACCAAAGAGGAGGCUUAGGGUAUAGCUGUAUUUUGAGUCUCAUUGCUUAUAUCUUACUACAAGGUGCAUUAAGUGGAAGAAAGAUACCUAUGUAAGAAAAUCUUUGUGACAGAUCUAAAUGUAGAAUUGGAGGGUGAACAGGUUGAUACAGAACUGUUCCAUGCUGUGUGUUUUUUAAUGCCUUGCCCAGUCUGUUGUAGCCUUCAGAUUUUCCAGGUGCUGCUGUUAUUUAAGUCUAAUAGAGCUGGGUAAAACUUUCACCCCGAGAGUCUGAAUUUACUGAACUCUUUCAUCUUAUUUUUGGUACUACAUGCUGCUUCUGUCAUGCUGGAAAAAAGCUCCUGUAUUGCCUAAUGGGGAGCAGAUUUUCCUGUUCUAAUUUGAAGUGCCUGUUUUACAAAAGUCGUCUUUAAUUUCCUCUGUCAACUUGAUAUGGGACUGUGUGUAAUGUAACAUCAUAGAAUUAGAUUAUGUAAGUGCCAAAGACAGUUUUCUGCUGGAAAGUGAUGGUCCAAAACUAGUUCUAGCUGCGUUCAUUUGGAAUUCUUCUGUGCAACCUGCUAAAACUGGUAUUUACAAGCAUCUCUCGAGCUUUAGGAGACGGAAAGUAAGUUACCUUUGUUUGCUUGUCUUUCAUUGCUCAGUUCACUUAAGUAGCUUUUGUUUCUGUGAAACCAAAGAAAUGAAAUGAAGGGUUUCAAGUGUAGCUUUUGUAGAACAUGCAGAAUUUAUACCAUGUAGCCAUUAUAGAGGAAUCUGCAAAGCCUGUUUGCUUCUAAGUUGUAAAUGUCAAAGCUUACUCUAAAACUGAUAAAAUCUGGUUAAAAACUGCACCUUGGAAUUUGUUAAUUCAUUCAUCAGCCUUUCAAAUUAGCAUUGCUAAUAACAGCUUGCCUGGAGCUUCAUAGGAUCUAGCAGAUUUCUAUCAUGCACAGUCUGAGGCAUUGCUAAAUAAUAAAGUCUAGAGCUUAAAUCCCUAUUACAGCUAAAGUUCACUGUGAGUCAGCCCAUUCCUCAUAGAAUGGAGUACGUUUAAACCAAGUACUUGCCCACCCUCAUUUACAAAAGAGUUGUAAAGGAGACAGGUCUUUAGCAUGGGUGUUUCUGCUUCUCACCAACACAUUGGAGGUGCUCAUGUUAUACCCACUUUAUCAGGAGGCAGGCAAAAAGUAUGGUAGUAAGAAAACCUCCACCAAUACUGGAAGUUACAGACAUAAAGAUGUCCCAUGAGAGUUAUCUGGAACAUCUCUAUUCAAACAAAAUGUUGGUUUGUAGGAAAAAACCCAAACCCAAGGAACUCACUAUUGCAGACACUGAUGAAAAUGGUUACAGGGCAGAAAACUGCUGGGUGACUUGUCAUGAAAGAAUUUAUUGUGGUUCCUGUGAUUUCCAGUAUGCCUCUAAAAGACUGAUUUCUGAGUAUUUGAUCCUUGUCACUCCCCAAAGUCUAACCCAAAUUUUGUUCUGUUCUUGUUAAAGUUUGAGUAACUCAUUUAGAAAUUGGAAGUGUAUUUUGUCAUGGAUACUUUUAUUGCACUGUCUUCCUUCUUGAAUCUAAUAAUACUUUGAUUUUUAAGCUACCUCUAUAUGUUGAGUUUUUUUGCCAAUUUUGUAUUUAUUUGAGUUUUAAGAAACUACAAAAUAUUUCCUUAUUUAUUUAUGUGGGGAUCCAUGACUUGAAGACACCAAGUCCUCCUCCUGUUUAAAGUUUUUCUUAAAGGGCUUUUAAAUGUAGGUAAAAGACUUAAGCUUUUGAAGGAGCAGAAUCAUUACACACUUUUAGAGCAUGGGUUCUCCUGUGUGUAUUACUUGCUUUUAGAAGGGCCAUAAAGCCCUUUUGUAAUAAUCUCAGUUGAGGACAUGACUUUUCAGGGGCAAUAAAUCUGAGAUGGGGCAUUGUAAUCAAUUUAACUUAUUGCCAAUUAAAGAGCUUUUAGUUACUGGGUUUGGUAUUGAAGGAAAAAGUAAAUGAAACACUUGAAAAACACUGCUGCUUUCUUCCAGACACCACUCUACCCUCUCUCCCCCCAUGCCAUAAGCCCCAUGGUGGUCUCCAGUUCCUUGGCUGUAUGUUGUGCUUGGUCCCUUCAGCAAGGCAACAGGCAGCACAGGAGAUUGGCACCAGUCUGUUGUGCUUGCUGUUCUUUUCACUGCUCCUUGUUUCUUACUCAACUGCUCUUGUGUGGGUUUCUUCACCAGCUGCAGUCCCUUUAGAGUUGUAGCUCCUCCUAAGUCUACUCUCAGUCUCUGCUCAGGCUAGGACUUUCCUUUUGGCAUUUCUCCUGCUCAGCUGUCUCUCUGCUCCUUUUGUGCUAGCAUGGUCUCAUCCUUCUUUCUUCCUACUGCUAUAGUACUGUAAUCUAUUUUUCUUGUCACUUAGUGCCCUUUCUGAAACACCUGGAUGUAGGGAAGCAGUUUGUUACUGUGAGAGUGACUGAGCACUGAAGAUGUUGUGGAGUCUCCAUGUGUGGAGAUAUUCAAAAGCUAGCUGGACAGCCUGCUUUAAUAGGUGGCCUUGCUUGAGCAGGGGUUUGGACCAGAUGACUUCCAGAGGUUUCUUCUAACCUCAGCUAUUCUGUGAUGCCUGUGCUGCCUGUUGCUGAGCUGGCUGGGACCAGCACAGGGUAGCCCCCAGCCUCUUCCCACACAAGACACCCUGCAGACCCCUCACUACCAAAACCCUGACAGUUAUGCUCAAUAUGUGACUGAACAAGGGUUUCUUGCAAAUCAAGUCCUUACACAUUGGGCUGGCAGUUUUUGUGAGUGGUAGUUGGUACUGUAUUCCCUUUCUGUGUUAUUGUUGUCUUAGGUCAAGUAAAGGAAACUCCUAAGGAUAUAAUCAGACAUUCAUAGCCAAGUUCUGUGUCUGGUUACAUUUGCAUCCCUGCUGAUUUCAGAAGACAGAACUUAGGCCUCCGCUUGACCAGAGGAGCAGCCAAAGGGAUAAACUACUUUCUUUCUGCUCAACCCUUCAUCAUCAUGAAAACAAAUCUGUGUAUAGUCUCUAUCCUGUAGACUUUGUAUUGCUUCCUCAUGCCAGUUUAGCUUGAACCAACAAUCAGAAGUCCUUGCCAGCUGAGUAACAGGGAAGUGGGAAUAGAUUCACCGCUUCAAACACAAAUCAAGUUGUAUAUAGUUGGUGUGUGUACUUUUAAAUAUUUAUAAUUUGGAUUACUUGAAUACUGUUAUAAGCCUUCUCACGUUAAAAUGAGGACUGAAAUAUUUCAGAAGUACUUCCUCUUUAACUGUCUUAGUGUGCUGUUGUUAACUCAGAGUUGUACUCCUGAGAAGUCUGGGUUUAGAAUACUUGAUCUGAGAAGUCGCAACUAAAGACAGCAUAAGCUUUUCCACAAUAGACCUUUUAUGGUGGUAUACUCAUAUGUUCUGUGAACAGCUGUUGGAUUCAUCUUUUUAAGAUGUUCUUUACCAUAGGUGAGGGGCCAUAAUAAAUGUUGAAAUACUCAAAAUGAUUGCACUUAUCUAUUGUUUUGUUGAUAUAUUUCUUAUGCAUACUGUCUAACCUGUAUGUGCUGUACUUCACUGGAGGUACGAAAGGUAAAUAUCAAUGAUAAAUUACAAUAAUAAAUAAAAUAAAUUACAAAAGGUAAAUGAGUUUUAAAAGUAAUUCUGUAAGACUGCAUAUUUUCCUGUGAUGUUAUGUAUGAGAGGCGAUGGUGGUAAGCACAUGUGAAUUUACUCAAAAGUUAAUAUUGGUGGUCUUUACAUUCUCACUUUAUUUCUGAAUUAUUUUGAUCAUUUGAAAUACAGUUUCUCUUUAAAGAUUUUGUAGAGUAACCUAUGUUAGUAAACCAGCUUCUAGGUGAUUUGUAACAGCUCUGAUACUGCCUCUGACUCAUACAGUUCAUACAAUGUCUUUGUAACUUAUUUCGUGCCUUUUCUUCCCCUGACACAAAAUCUCAAUAAAAAACAGCUCUUUUGCAACACUGCAAA